UCCUAAAUGCCGCGCGGAGGGGAAAGCCGCCCUCGGCCUGGACCCGGUGCCUGCGAAGACUGGCCGCGCGCCCCUGGCUGUGCCGGCCGCAAUGCGGCUCUGAGCUCGCCGCGGCUGCAGCCGGGCCUCGGGGGAGUGCGGGGCGCCCGGAAUGCUUACCAGAUUAAGCUGACCCUCGUAACCUGUCUGUUACAUCUCCUUUGUCUUUCUGUGAGAAAUCGGCUGUUGCAAGCCACGAGGAGGACUGUCCCCAGAACCCAACCAUGCUGGCGGGCUGAUCUCUGACUUCCUGCCUCCAGAGCUGCGAGAGAUAAAGGCCCUUCCGGAUUCCCUGCCUCUGCCCCUCAGCCUCCCCGGAGCAUCCCCUCCCACCCCCAUCCCGGCAGACCUCUCUUCUCUCCUCUACGCUCUCCAAGAAAAACCAGAGCUGGUCAGCGGAUAAAGCGGCAGGAACUAUCGCCGUGGGGGGAGACCCCAGGAUAGAGUGACUCUCGAGGAUGAGAAUCCGCAUUUUGGACAAACGAAGUGAGUCCGGAACCUGACAGUGUCCCUUGGCACUCACUGACAGCUCUUUGGCAAGUUGCCUCCCGGAAUCUACCCCGUGGCUUAGCUUUCAAGCCAGAGGGUCCGUCGGAGCCAGGAGAAAGUGAGUGAUUUCCUUUCUUAAUGUUACAACAUUAACACGGGUGGUCCUGGAUUUGCUGACAAUGAGAGAGAUGAGUGGGCACAAGACGAAAGAAUCAGGACAUUGAAAGAAGUCACCUAAAAAAGUAAAACCAGCACCUCUAGCAGGGACAGAACCAAGAUGGCUUUUGUGAAGAUGCGACUGGUAUAUGUCUCGCUGGUGGUCCUGGGAGCCCUCUGUUUGUAUUUUAGCAUGUACAGUCUGACUCCUUUUAAAGGCGAGCCGUUUGUGUUCAAGAAAGAAAGAGGGAGCUUCCUUCAGCUCCCAGAUAUCAACUGCAGGCAGGACCCCCCUUUCCUUGUCCUGCUGGUGACCUCCUCCCACGAACAGUUGUUUGCUCGCACGGUCAUCCGGAACACGUGGGGGAAAGAAAAGAACGUGAGUGGCAAGCAAAUAAAAACGUUCUUCCUCCUGGGAGCCACGGCCAACAAGGACCUGUCGAGACUGGUGGCACAGGAGAGCCAGCAGCAUCGCGACAUUAUCCAGAAGGACUUCAUGGACGCCUACUUCAACUUGACCCUGAAGACCAUGAUGGGCAUAGAGUGGAUUCACCGCUUCUGUCCUCAGGCGGCUUUUGUGAUGAAAACGGACUCCGACAUGUUCGUCAAUGUCUACUACCUGACCGAGCUGCUUCUGAAGAAAAACAGAACCACCCGGUUUUUCACCGGCUUCUUAAAACUGAACGAGUUUCCCAUUAGGGACAAGCACAACAAGUGGUUUGUCAGUAAGUACGAAUACCCGUGGGACAAGUACCCGCCCUUCUGCUCGGGCACUGGCUACGUGUUCUCCAGCGAUGUCGCGGGUCAGGUGUACAACGUCUCGGAGAGCGUCCCGUUCAUUAAGCUGGAAGAUGUCUUCGUGGGGCUCUGCCUCGCCAAACUGCAAAUCAGGCUGGAGGAACUUCACUCCGAGCAGACCUUCUUCCCGAACGGGUUACGCUUUUCCACGUGUCGUUUUAAGAAGAUCGUGGCCUGCCAUUUCGUCAAGCCUCACCACAUGCUGAGCUAUUGGCAGGCUCUGGAAAAUUCUCUGGGGGAAGAGUGCCCAGCUGAAUGAGGAGAGCCCGGGGGCACCCGUGGACACACGUCAGAUAGCUUUGGAAGAUCUUGGGUGGCACUGCUGAGGAUCGA